CUCCCUCCCUCCCUCCUCCCGCCCCUCCGUUUCGCAGUUGUCCCUCGCUUUCUGUGCUAUCCGUCUCUCUCUUGCUUUUUUUUCCCCAACACUUUCUGGGGUACUGCGCUUAUUUUUAGGGUUCUUUUGUCUGCUGCCAUUAUCUUUUUGAACUUCUUUAAUUGCAUUAUCUCCCUCUCUUCUGUAAUCUGGAAUGGAGGAUCCCCUCUCCAGCUCCCUCGUUCCUUUUUCUUUGUGUUUUUUUUCUCUCUUCAAACUGCUUUCAAUUAGUAGAAUAAGGAUUUGUAAGCGUCUUUAUUCUUCGAAUCCCAUCCAAAACUUUGUCCAUUUCGAAAAUUUAUGAGCUCGUCUUUUCUCUUUCCAUUAUUUGGUUACUUCUCUUUUGGGCUUUUCUCGGCUCGAUCUGACUUCUUCCUUGAGAAAACCCAGCUUUAUUUGCUUUAGUUUCACCAAAUAUAGUUUUUUAGUCAUAAUUGUGAUUCUAUUAGAGCAGCAAUAAUGGGAGAGAUCUUCGAAAAUUUGAUGGACACCGCUCCCAUCAACCUGGGCAUUCCCCAUUCUCUACUUCUCGAAGGAAGCCCGGCUACCGCGGCUCGAGAUCGCACAUCGAGUUGCGAGCUUUGAGCAGGUCGAUUACAGGCGGAAGGUCGGAAGUAAGAGAUCAAUCAUCCAUUGCAAUGGGAAGAUUGAUCAAUAUGAAGUCCAAUCCAGCUCAGGCGAAGGUUAGGGCAGGUGGCAGGAUGGUCGCUUCGCAGAAGGCGGUCUUCGAGCUGAAGCACCGAACGGUCCUCUCGCUGAACAAGCUCGCCGACAGGGACACCCACCAGAUUGGGGUCGAGGAGCUCGAGAAGAUUGCUGAGAGCUUGGCUCGCGACAUGAUCGCGCCAUUUCUCUCGUGCAUUACCGAUACCGACUCCGGGCAGAAGAUUGCCGUUCGGAGGGAAUGUGUGCGAGUAAUGGGCACCUUGGCCAGGGCUCAUGGAAGCCUUUUGGCUCCCCACCUUCCAAGGAUGGUGGCCGGUAUACUUAAGCGCCUCAAAGAUUCGGAUUCUGUCGUCAGGGAUGCCUGUGUGGAAACAUGCGGUGUUCUGGCUACAAGCAUAACGAGCUCUGUAGGUGGCGAAGGCGGAGGCUCUGCUUUUGUGGCACUGGUCAGGCCUCUUUUUGAAGCUUUGGGAGAGCAGAACAAACACGCGCAGGCUGGCUCCGCAUUGUGUUUAACCAGGGUUGUUGAUGAGGCAAACGACCCCCCUAUGUCGAUUCUGCCACAGAUGCUGGCUCGUGCCGUUAAGUUGCUCAUAAAUCCACACUUUAUGGCAAAGCCAGCGAUCAUCGAGUUGAUCAGAAGCAUUGUUCAGGCAGGAGGUGCUUCCACAGAGCAUGCUCUGUCUGUAGCACUGACCAGCAUUCUGGAUUCCCUUAAAAGUAGUGACUGGGCGACACGCAUAGCUGCUUCUGUGGCAUUAGCAGGUAUUGCUGUCAGUGCUGGAGCUUUGCUGGGGACCUUCAAAAGUUCCUGCAUGCUCUCACUUGAAGGCUGUCGAUUUGACAAGGUGAAACCGGUGCGGGAUGCAAUUUUGCAUGCAAUGCAUUGCUGGAAAACCCUUCUGGAGACUGGUUCUCCUGAACUUUCAGAAGCUGGGUCAUCCACAAAAGAAAAUUUUGGCAGGGGCUACCAUGAUGUUACCAGUGCUACCGAUCGUGAAAGGAGGGACACAUCUUUCAGGAAAGUUGAUCCUGUUUCUGCUCUAAGUGGCAAGUCCACCGGUUCAACAAAGAAAAGGGUUCCUUUAUCUGUCAGGAAAGACUGUACCAAUUAUGUGCAGAAUCACCAACAUAUAAAGUCAAAUGAUUGGCACAUUGAGAUAUCAGUUCCAAAAUGUCAUGCUAUGCCUUUGCCUGGUGCUGACCAGAAAGAAUCUGGGGGACAUUGCAUUGCAAAGGCUCAUGACGGAAUAGCAGCAGAUGUAACUGGAGAGCAAGAUAUCAAGUGUGAUUAUGACCCGCUGGAUGAUAAACCAGAAUGCUUUUCCAUGUCAGAUUUAGUUAGUGGUACCUAUGAGACAACGCAUGUAACUGUUUCUCAUCAGUGUCUUGAGGAUUGUGAUUCAGCGAACCUAAUUGGGCCAAAUCACAAGCAUGUCACUGGGGAGAUAGAACCUGAACUCCUUAGAACUCAGGAGAGCCAGAGUUUGGAUUCAACUGUUACAGACUUCUGUUCACAGACUAUGCAUGGAUGCUGUCUGCAUGCUGCAAAUGAAUUGGCCUUCAUCAGAAAGCAACUCCUGGAGAUUGAGACCAAGCAAUCAAACUUAUUGGAUCUGUUACAGGUGUUUAUGGGAAAAGCAAUAGAUGACCUGUCAACCUUCAAGUUGAGGGUGCAUAAUUUGGAACGUGCUGUAGAUAAAAUAUCACAAGGCAUUACUCAGAAUGAAAAAUAUUCUAACUUCACUAGCUUAAGAUUUUUGAAGAAAAUUCAAAGUCUUUUUUCAUCUCCUCAGUUCUCUAUGUGCAUGCCUAGGCCAUUGACGGAUUCUAAUUACAAACAACCACCAUUAUUGUCUAUGAAAAACAAGGAACUGUGGCAUGAAAAUGCAUCUUUGAAAAGCAGGUCAAGCACUUCGGUCAAAGAUGGAGUGGCACUCUGGAGGGAUCCUACACUGAACAUAAUCAGAAAUCCUGUAGCAAACUGCAGACAGAAGAACUCAGGAAGAAACGCUCACAGCUCAGGCAGCAGUCAAGCAAGAGAUGUGAAGGCUUUACAUUCUGUUUCAGCUUGUAAUGUUAGUGUCAGGCAAAGUAACUUGGAAGAUGUGACUGGCUUCUGGCAACGGGUUAAGGAGUUUAUUAGUGUUGGAGAUCUGGAGUCUGCAUAUGUUGAAGCUCUGUAUUCUGGUGAUGAUCUCUAUCUAAUCGAGCUUAUGGAUCGAACCGGGCCUGUUCUGGACAGACUGUCAUGUGAGACGGCAAGUGCAGUUCUGAGCAUUCUGACUACGUGCUUUCUGGAUCAAAGGUUUCUGGAUUCCACAAUAUCUUGGUUGCAACAGGCAAGUUGUUGACCCUUCAUGACUGCAGAUGUCUGUAGUUUUGGAUGCUACAUGCCUUGUAAAUUGUGCAAAAUGGAUCAUGGCACCACCUUGUAUUUUAGAUCUGCUCUAGCUGUCAUUUUUAUAUUUUUAACAAGCGAUGCAAUUCAGUCCAAGAUAACCAUAUUUCUAUCUAUUAUUUUGUUCUAGGUGGUGGAUUUAAGUACUGCUAAUGAACCAAGGCACGUUUUUAUGUCUUCAAAAGUGCAGAUGGAAUUCCUGUUAGCAUUACGGGAACUGGCGGCUGUGGGAUUCUCUGAUCCAGUAGACAGAAUCUCUGUAACACAACUUCUGGCAAAUUUGAGCCAAGUAUGGGGUGAAGCCCCAUGCAGGGAAGUGCUUCCAACUAGGGUCCAAGGAAACUAAAAUGCGGUAGCCAAUGCAAGGGGAUGAUAGUUGCCAAGCAGAAACUCCAGCCUGCAGUAUCCUAGGUAUCUGAUGAAGCUUUCUGAUAUUUAAUUUUUAAUCUAUUUUGGUAAUGCAUGAAAUCAUGGGUUAAAACAUGUGCCACCUGAUGCAUUAUAGCAGCUCAUUCUGCAAGGAAUGCAAUCCUGAAACCUCUGUGAUGGUAAAUGUCUGAACUGCAUAUCCAGGAGCAGACAUGCAGAACACUAGUGCUGAGGAUUAUGUAAUAUGUUUAAUUUGGCAAAUUGUACUCAUCUAAAUAACUUCAAAUCUUUCCGUAAGAUGUACAAUGCCUGUU